UGGAGAUAAGAGUCUCACAGACUUUCCUGCCUAGGUUGGCUUUGAACUGCUAUCCUCAGGCCUCAGCCUCCAGAGUAACUAGGAUUGCAGACAUGAGCGCCACCAGUGCCUGACUAUCUGUAUUAAUUUUUAUACUGCAUUGAUGGUAUCUGAUAACCAGUUUCUCCAUUUAGAAUUUUGAAGUGAAAAGUGUGAAGGGAAGGAAGGACAAAUGUCUCCGCUGAGCAGACAGGAAUGCCAAGCAAAUGAAGACAGAAGUACACAGAAUCAAUAGAAUAUUGGGAGAGAGUAAACAUUUUCUGGAAUGAUUUACAGUAACCACAUUAAUCUUUUGUUACUAGAGAGAAAGAUGUCUUCAGAUAACCAGUGGACAGCAGAUAAGGAUGAAGGUCAAUUUUCCAGACUGAUCAGGAAGUCUAGAGACUCUCCAUUUGUCCCUGUAGGUAAGUACAAGUUGGCUGAAUACAGGGAAACUGUACAGGCACUACUUCUAGGUGUUCUCUAUUCUAUGUAUAAGGAUUACAUUAGACCUCGAUUCUUCAGUGCUUCCAAAAAAUGAAGCUAUAGCUGGAAGCAAGAAAGACAAAAGCCUCUGGCAAUCAUUUCCUUAUGAAGAAGGAAUUUUCAUUGUGCAGCAAACUGUAUUGCAGAAGCAUCCCACAGAACUCUCAUAGCUUCUGUAUUAAGUCUCAAAUGUUCUCAGAAGUUGACUUACAAAUCCACAGCACUUGGCUAAGAAAUAUCCCUUCUUUUAUCCUGUUACUGGAUUUUGGGUAGGCAUUCUACUAUUGAGCCAUGCCUCCAGAACUGGUUUUUAUUUUUUGCAUGGG